AUGUUUUUCGUGCAAGGCUUCUGCAACUUUGGCGAAACUUGCCGCAAUCUACACGCUCAACAACCAACAGAAGGUAUAAGGAGGCCACAACAACAAGCUUCAGCUGGUGGUACAGGCGGUAUCGAUGCACAAGCUGGUACAACGCCACAUGGUACUAUUGGGAAUCAGAGUGGUGCUCAAGCUUCAAUGGGACAAGCUGGAGUUGCUUCUUAA